CUCACCCUAGUAGCUGGCGCGUCGACUGCCCAACCCUGGCUGCGCCUGUGGUCACUCCGCCGCCCGCCGCCCUCCUCCGCCGCCCGCCGCCCCGUGGCACCGCCAUGAUCGUGGAGAGCAGCCGGGACGCGGCGCCCGAUGGCGGCGACGGCAGCGCCCUCAGUAGCCCCAUCAAUCUCACCUACUUCUACGGGGCGUCGCCCCACUCCAGCGAGGGCAGCUGCUCGCCGGCGCACUCCGGCCCUGGGUCGCCGGGCUCUGACUCGGACCUCUCGGUGAGCAGCCGCGGAGGCGGCCGGAGGGACCCCCGGGGCAGUGCCCGCCCCGCUCUGCAAGCUGAACAGCACAUGGGGGGCGGAAAGCAGCACAGGGGACCUUUCCAGGGGGUUCGUGUGAAGAACUCCGUGAAGGAGCUCCUGUUGCACUUCAGGAGCAGCAAACAGAUGUCCUCGGGCUCCGCCACAGAGGAAGGCAAGGCGCAAGGAGGAUUGGUGAACUAUGACCAAUACACAGCAGAGCUGAAGAGCAUACUAGGUCACAGUGGCAAAAGAAAGGCUCCAGAGCUGCUUUCUGAUGGACUGUCUUUUAAGCGCCAAGCUAAUGUUCACCCACACCUCCUGACGCCACCCCAGACACCAACUUCUAUGGAUAACAUGGAGGAGACUCAUAAAAACAACCCAAAGCAUGACAGCAAUUCCGAUCUUCUUCAGAACAUUAUAAACAUCAAGAACGAAUCAAGCCCCAUUUCUCUGAACACAGUGCAGGUCAGCUGGUUGCCCACUGUGUCUAGUCACAGCUCACCUGGUGAGCAGUACCAGGAGAGCCCAGGAACACAGGCUUUCUCCCCAUCCCAGAAGUACCACGCAUUCCAAGAUCACACCUCGCAGCAUAUGCUUGAUCCGCCGCAGCAUUACCAGUUUCCUCCAUCCCAGAACCAAGAUUUGUCACAGACCUAUCCUUCAGAUGCCUCCCUGGAGUACAGGCCCUUUGCUGCCAAUGACCAGUCUCCUGGCUACCAGCAGAGUACCUUUGAGAGCCAUGAACUGCAGUACUGCCCAUCACAGAGCUUCUCCUCCCUCUUGAACGACUCUGAGGGUUCAGAGGGUAUCUUUGCUCCCCUCCAGCCACUGAGCAGUGCCCACCUGCAGCCUGAUGUCAGCCCCCACCCUCCAAACUUUAGCUUGAUUUCCAGUAACAUCUGUGGUAGUCUGGAGCGCAGUGUCUCUUUGGCUACUCUGAAUGUCUCUCUACCUGACCAAAGCAUCACCAGAAGCACGACUCGGCUGGGAAAGUCAUUUUUUCAGUGGCAGGUAGAGCAGGAGGAAAACAAACUGGCCAGCAUUUCUCAAGAACAGUUCCUUGCAAAAGACUCUGAUGGAGACACCUUCCUUCACAUUGCUGUUGCCCAGGGCCGACGAGCACUCUCCUAUGUUCUUGCAAGGAAGAUGGCUGCCCUGAACAUGCUGGAUAUUAAGGAGCACAAUGGCCAGAGUGCUUUCCAAGUUGCUGUGGCUGCCAAUCAGCAUCUCAUUGUGCAGGACUUGGUUAGUUUGGGGGCUCAAGUCAACACCAUGGACUGCUGGGGUAGAACACCAUUGCAUGUUUGUGCUGAGAAGGGGCAUGCCCAGGUCCUUCAGGCAAUCCAAAAGGGAGCUAUGGGAAGCAAUCAGUAUGUGGACCUUGAGACAACAAACUAUGAAGGUUUGACAGCAUUGCACUGUGCUGUUCUGGCCCAUAAUGCUGUGUUGCAUGAGCUGCAGAACAGUCAGCCACCUCACUCCCCUGAGGUCCAGGAGCUUCUGUUGAGAAACAAGAGCCUGGUAGAAACCAUCAAGACUCUGAUACAAAUGGGAGCCUCUGUUGAAGCUAAAGAUCGCAAAAGUGGUCGUUCAGCUUUACAUUUGGCAGCAGAAGAAGCAAACCUGGAGCUCAUCCGUCUCUUUUUAGAGCUGCCCAACUGCCUGUCUUUUGUUAAUGCAAAGGCUUAUAAUGGCAACACAGCACUCCAUGUGGCUGCCAGCCUGCAGUAUCGGGUGAGUCAGUUGGAUGCUGUGCGUCUGCUCAUGCGCAAGGGAGCUGAUCCAAGUGCCAGGAACCUGGAGAAUGAGCAGCCAGUUCAUCUGGUUCCUGAUGGCCUUGUAGGAGAACAGGUAAUAAAAAAAUCAAACAGCCUUCUCCUUUGCUCCCAUCUGUCCCCAUCUACAGAAAAGCCAUAUUCCUCUCUGAAUUUCGGUUUUUGAGUUACAGCUUUUGUGGAAAAUGCAUAGCAAACACAAUUUUACUCGUGGAUCUUUGGCUUAAAAAGUCAGGAUCAGGGAAACUGUACAAAGACCUGAAAUUACAAAUUUCACUUUUUUUUUUCCAUCUCAAAAGCUUUUUCCUGUCAAGAUAGGAUUUUUCUUUGUAACCUUGCAACAUAUUGGAGUGUAAUACACCUUCUCCUGUUCAUUUCAGUAUGGCCCAAGAUUGUACUAUUGUUGCUCUUGUCAUAAUUAGUAAUGGCAGUUCUUAGGCCCGAGUAACAGGUGAAGAAAAUCCCUCUUUCCUAGGAGCUACACAAAUACAUGAUGAAAAUGGUGACUCUUGACCUAAGUAGCUAAUAACUUAAGCAACUGAGUAAUUCUUUUGCUUUUCAUUGAUUCAAAUGCUGUAAAAUUGGAUCAAUUCUGGAGUAACUGGGCUCAGAUAAAUGAGGAAUGCAGAACUUGGUCUAGGGUUGGGGUUGUUUUUCAGAUUGACUCAUGUUAGGAUGAUGAAUGCUAAUAUAUUUGUCUUUCUUGUCUCCAGAUAAGACGUAUCCUAAAAGGGAAGGCGAUUCAGCAGAGGGUGUCCCCAUUUUAAGCUCCAUGUUCCUUGGAGUUCAGCAACUCACACUCACUGUCAGUCAGGCAGUCCUACUAUAUCUGUAAAUAGACCAUUUGCCUGGUGUGGGCAAAUGUUAGUUGUUUCUAUGAAACAAAAGUUUUUUGUUCACUAUCAUAUAGUGGGUUAUAUAAGAAUUAAAGAAAAAAAACCAAAACCCAACAAACAAACCAAAACCUAACAAUCAAAUUCUUCUGAGUAAAUGGGAAUGUUUCAUUCCCAGGUAUGUGGAAUAUUUGCCUGGAUACCUAGAUUUCCUAGCUAUGGCAAGUCUAAUUUUACAGUCUGAGACAUGUCAACAUUGCAGAGCGCUUUUUUUUUUUCUCACUUAAAACAUUAAGUGCAAAAGAAAUUAAAUAUUUUUAAUUUGAACAUUUAUUUAUGUAACUUUGUCGCUUUCUUCCAAUAGCUCAUGCAGGAUUGUACAUGGUCACUGUCAUUAUUUGUACAGCUGUAUAUAGUUCUAAGAAUCCACUGAUCAUUUGGGGAAUGAACUGAAGAAACAAGUUCCUUUAUCUUGAACUUGCCAAUUGCAUGUACAGUUUUGAUACUACACUAGUGCAAACAGAAUUCUGUUGUUUUGAAAGGCUGAAAAUCAAAAGUACCGUUACAGUGUCCAUAGCAUUGAUUUGUGUAUGCCUUUGGAGUUCUUAAUGAAACACAAAAAGUUCAGAGGACUGCAUCAGUUUUUCGUGUACCCAGGAGGUUUUUCUUUUGAUGGGACAAUAGACUGAGGGAGAAAGAUCAUGACUUCAGUAGUCUGUGUAUAACUUUAUUGUACUUCAGAGAGUAUGAUCUUGAUUCAGUGAAAGUAUUUAGCAUGUACUUAACUGUUGAUGCAUGCUGAAAUAUCUCCAUAUUAAUUGUAAUACUUCAACAUGUAUAAGCCUUGCUAAUUUCAGUAGGACUUGAGCACAUGCUUAAGUAGUCUGCUAAACUGGGCUCUGGUUAAUUUUAGAGACUUGGUGUUUUUCACCUUCUAAGCAGAGUUAGUCCAUUUAUGGUUUUACCUUAUAGGUAUGGUGGCUAGCCAAGUAAUAUUUGAACUUGAUGUUUUUCUAUUUUUUAAUAAUUAUGGGUAUUAAUGCAAAAUGUACACUUAUGAUGCUCUAUACUUGUGUUCUGUUGGAGAAAGCUUCUCCCUGUCACUUUCUGAAUGAUGAUGCUGGGCUGUAAUCCAGUAACAUGUUCUCUGUAUGGUCUAUGGUCUUUGCUCUUAAACUGGUUUUGCCUCACACGCAGUUCUCUGUCCUAACAGUUCAGUCUGGUUGUGCUGUUUUGACAAAGUAUGUCUUGUAUACAAGCUAAGUAAAAAAAAAAAAAUCUGAUAUGCAGAGACUUAGUUGCAAUGUAUUUCCUGAAGGUUCUCAUGUAACUUGUGAUUGAAUAAACAUGCUAAUUAAA